AUGAAUGGAAAUCCUUCCGUUAGUGAUACCGCUUAUCAGUUUUCCAGUCACUGCGUGGUCAUUGGCCUGUUAGGCUAGUAAUAUUUUUAGGCUUUCCUACAGAUGAAAUUACGGUUUCUUUUCUUUUUAAACAAUAGAUUACAUUCCUUUUUAUUUCUAACUCUUUGAGUUACACUCGUGGUAAGAAUUGAUGAUUUCAAAUUUGAAAAAGGGAAAGCAAAUUGUAGAAUCUGAAUUUAGAUUUUCAAUUUUAAUUCUUCGAACUGAAGAUUAAUAAAUACAAAUUAUAUAUAAUUUCUUCUUUCAAUGUUUCACAUGUGAUACGAUGCAACAUGUUAUAAUAAUUAAUGUUUACCGAAGAUUCAGAGGAAAAUCAUAAUUUUAAGAAAAAAAAAAAAAGUUAAGUUAUUAAUAAAAAUUCAUUUUCUCAUUACAGAAUGUUCUAGUCAGAAAGACUAUCACUUCCAGUCAAAUUUUGAACCAACGAACGAAGAAUAUGGUAGAGACGACUUGUGCGAAGCAAUUGACGGAUCGACAGACGCAAUUUGGCUAUGCGCGCAUACUGGAUUUAUCGGAAUGCAUCUUUGUGUUCAAGGGUUCGCAAUCGGAUUACGAGGAACCAUCGUCGGACGAGGAGGUGAGUGAUUUUCCUGUUAUAUCAAUUUUGCAUCUAUACUGUGUGAUCAGUUUAAAUUGAUAUAUAUAUAUUAAUGUAUGUAUUUGAAGAAACAGAUUAAAAAAAUUGGCUACUCCAUUUUUAUAGAGAGUGUGGAGCUACAUACACACACACACACACACACACAUCUCGUUAGAAGUGCCUUAUUCUAAAUAACGUUUUAAACGCGAUAUUCAUUUUAUAAAAAUUAAUUAAAAAUUAUUUAGGUAACUAA